CGUGCGCUUUGCACCGUCACCCGACGCUGCCAUUUGUAUGGGCAGCCAAACGCUGGCGAGAGGCGCCCUCUCCAUCUCCCGAGCCCACCUGCCGCCGGCGCGCGCCUCCCCCUGCGCCCGCGACCACUACCUCUCCGCUGCCGCCGCGCGCGUCCUGCGUCUCGAAGCCCCCGCCGCCGCCUCGGCUACGUACCUAUGGAACAGGGUGCUCGGCCUCCUCUGCUCAGGCCGCGGCGGGUCGACCCACCUCGCGCGCAGGGUGUUCGACGCAAUGCCCGAACGGGACGCCGUCUCGUACAACACCUUGAUCGCCUGCCUCUCCCGCGCCGGACGCGGGCACGCGGAGCGCGCGCGCUCCUACGAGCGGAUGCUCCGCGAGGACGGCGUCAGGCCCACCGGGACAACCCUCUCGGCUCUCCUUGCUCUGAGUGGCGGCGGCGGCGGCGACGCGGCUAGCCGCGGCUUUUUCCGGCAGGUGCACGCCCACGCGGUGCGGCUCGGGCUCUGCUCGAACGCAUUCGUGGGGAGCGCUCUGGUGCAGGCGUACGAGCGGUGCGGGGACGCAGACGCCGUCGGCGGCGUGUUUGAGGAGAUCGAAGAGCCGGACGUGGUGUGCUGGAACGUCAUGAUCGACGCGUGCACGCGUCGUGGAAGCGUGCGGCGUGCUGUGGAGGUGCUGUCCAGAAUGUGCAGGGGCGGAGGUGUCGCUGACGGCUUCACGCUGGCGAGCAUCCUGAAGGCGUGCUUCCGCAGCGAGGACCUGGGGCUUGGCAUGCAGCUACACGCAUGCGCGUGGAAGGUUGGCUUCGAUUCAGAGACGGUAACAUGCAAUGCUCUCAUCACGAUGUACUUGAAAUGUGGUGGAAGGGUGAGUUCAGCUGUCGACGUCUUUGACUGGAUGUUGGAGCCAAACAUAAUCUCUUGGACGGCCAUGAUUGCUGGGUUGGUGCAGAAUGGCUUUGCCAUGGAAGCGGCAGGCUUUUACAAACAAAUGGUGAGGGUUGGGGAUAAGGAGAAUGAUUUCUGCUUCACUAGUGUGCUCUCUGCUUUCGGCGCCCUUGCGAGUCUGGAGCAUGGCAAGAUGGUGCAUUGUCGCGCUGUGAAGACCGGGUUUUGCUUUGAUAUGAUCCUUGGGAACGCCCUUCUUGACAUGUACUUCAAGUGUGGCAGCUCUGCAGAUGCUCAAUUUGUGUUUGACACGAUGUGGACAUAUGAUGUGGUGUCGUGGACAGCUAUGAUUGUUGGGUAUGGGCGGCAUGGUGAGGCUAGAAAAGCUGUUGACUGCUUUGGAGCAAUGGUUGAUGGAGGGUUUAGGCCAGACGGCAUCACAAUUCUUGCGGUCCUUUCUGCUUGUAGCCAAGGAGGCCUUGUGGAUGAAGGCCUCUCCAUUUUCCACUCCAUGGCUGAUGAACAUGGCAUUGAACCACAGAGAGAGCAUUAUGCAUGCUUGGUGUAUCUGCUAGGCCAUGCUGGGAGGCUAAAAGAAGCAGAAAAGCUGAUCAGAAAGAUGGGAUUGCAACUUGACUCAUUUGCAUGGGAGUCACUGCUGGGUGCUUGCGGAAUACAUGGAGAAGUCGAGCUGGGGAAGAGGUCGGCAGGGAAGGUCAUGGAGCUGGAGCCAUGGAAGGAUGAGCCGUUUGUCUUACUGUCGAACAUGUAUGCUGAGCAAUGCCAAUGGCGCGAAAAGGAGAUGUUGAGAGAGAGGCUUAACUACAGCAAUGUCAGGAAGGAUGCUGCUCUCAGCUGGUUUCCAGUUUCAGAAGCAAAUUAAACACCUCAUGUGGUUCUGUGCGGUCACUCAAUUUAUGGAAAGGCGAGGAAAAACAGAGGGGAUGAACUCCACGCACUUACUGAAUUCACACAGAGCUAGAGCAUCAGAAAUCUUUAGUCAGCUCGUGAGGAUUUACAGAUGCAAGGGCACAAGCAGUUCACACGUGGAGAAACAGAAGCUACAAUUGUCAAGAGCCACCGUUUCUCCGCAGCCUACAUGAACGAGAGAAGGCAUGCUCUGUUAGAAACCAACUCUUGUGUCUUGGAGUCCAGCGGCCAAGUUCAACAUUCAGGCGCCUGUUGUUAGUCGUUGAUUCAAUUAUACAAACAUGUAACUUCAUUUGGAGUUGUUGUAACAAUGUAAUUUUUUGAUGAAAAAACUGUACAUUUUAGGGUA